UUAAUUAUAAAUUGUGGUUGAAGAUGAUUGUAGUGAUACUAUUAUUGUUAGAAAUACUAGGAUGCAAUGACAUAGAGGUUCAAAAUGAGAUUAGUUUAUGGAGUUCAUCCACUCAAUUGAAGAUGUUUGUUGAUGAAGUGCAAGAUGUUCCAAAACUCUAUGGCUAUAAAGUUGUUCAUGGAAGACUUGUUCCCAAUUCUUUGACUAUUGGCAUGUUCCAAAUUACUUGGAAAUUUCAUAGAGACCUUCCACCAACACAAGUGUUUGCCUACGGAACAUCAAUUAAGAAGGCAACAAUUCCGGGACCAACAAUUGAGGCUCAUUAUGGUAUAGACACAUACAUAACAUGGCAAAAUCAUCUCCCAAGCAAACACAUCCUACCAUGGGACCGAACCAUACCAACCGCGAUCCCACCCAAUCAAGAAGGUGUUCCGACAGUGGUACACCUUCAUGGUGGGAUCGAUGAGCCCGAAAGUGAUGGACAUGCUGACGCUUGGUUUACCAAUGGGUUUAAACAAAGGGGACCACAUUGGACUAAAAAGACGUAUCAUUAUCAUAACAAACAACAACCAGGGAAUGCAUGGUACCAUGACCAUGCAAUGGGGUUAACACGAGUUAAUCUCUUGGCCGGGUUGGCUGGAUCUUAUAUUAUUCGUCAUCCACAAGUCGAAGAUUCUCUUGGUUUGCCUUAUGGAGACGAAUUUGAUAAGGUUUUGGUCGUUUGUGAUAAGGAUUUCUAUAGAAAUGGUUCCAUUUUUCUGAAUUCAACAGGAAACAAUCCGGACAUACAUCCAGAAUGGCAACCGGAAUAUUUCGGGUCAGUAAUAAUAGUAAAUGGGAAAGCAUGGCCGUACAUGAAAGUUGAACGUAGAAAAUACAGGUUUCGAAUCAUCAACACAAGCAAUGCUCGGUAUUAUGGAUUCUACUUAACCAAUAGACUUCCUUUCAUUCAUAUUGGGUCUGAUUCAGCAUAUCUUGACCGUCCAAUUACUACUAAUCAUACUUUGUUGGCUCCUUCUGAAAUUGCUGAUCUUAUUAUUGACUUUUCUAAGUCACAAUCCAGUUUUGCUGUGCUUGCUAAUGAUGCCCCUUAUCCUUUUCCAUCUGGGAAUUCAGUGAAUGAUGCCAACAGCAAAGUCAUGAAAUUCAUAAUCAAAGAUAAAAAUGUAGAUGAUCCAACCCACAUUCCACCAACUCUAAUAAAAUACCCACCACCUGAUUUAUCCAGUGUUUCUCAAACAAGAUACAUAGCAAUGUACGAGUACUCAGGUCCAUCCGAUCGACCCACCCAUCUAUACAUCAACGCCCUAUCUUUCGAGGCACCAGUAACCGAGACUCCUAAGGUAGGGUCCACCGAGAUAUGGUAUGUCAUCAAUCUAACGGAGGAUAAUCACCCUUUUCAUAUCCAUCUAGGGUUGUUUUUGGUUUUGGAGCAAACACAACUGUUGGAUUUUGAUACGUUUAAAGAAUGUAUGGUUAAGAUGAAUGAUGCAGUGAAAUGUAAUGUACACCUGCAUGCACAGGGUAAUAAUUUGGCUGUUCAAGAUUAUGAGAGUGGAUGGAAAAAUGUGUUCAAAAUGUCACCUUUUUAUAUGACAAAGAUUUUGGUGAAGUUUUCUUAUAUACAUUCUAAUGAAUCCUAUCCGUUUGAUGCUACUAAGGAACCGGGUUACAUCUAUCAUUGCCAUAUAUUGGAACAUGAAGAUAAUGUGAUGAUGAGGCCGAUGAAAUUGGUAAAAUAGGGAUCAUGUUGGAUUGUUGGAACAUCCUACAUGAAGAUGAUGUGUAAACUAAGUGUUCAAAUAAGAAAUUUAUACCAAAUUUUAGUUGUAUUUUUUUUUUAAUAUUAAUAUUAAUAUUGAGAAAGGUCAUCCGUCAAAAGCAUGAACGUACAAUUGUCUUAUAUAUCUUCUCAAGAGAGCUAAGGAUAU